AUGUCCGGUGAGAAGACGCACACCCUCAAGCAGGUGCAGACCUUCGGCAAGAAGAAAACGGCCAUUGCGGUCGCCACGGUGACGAAGGCCCCGCAGUGUAACAUUCGCAUCAAUGGUGUCCCCAUAUCUCAGAUCCUUCCUGAGACGCUCCGUGCGAAGAUCAUGGAAGCUGUCAAGGUAGUGGGCGCUCGGUACUUUUCUCGCCUGCGCGUUGAUGUGAGGGUUCGUGGCUCCGGUCAGGUCGCUCAGGCAUACGCCGUCCGCCAGGCCAUCGCGAAGGGUAUCAUCGCAUAUUACCAAAAGUACCACAAUGAGAUUGAGAAGGCUGCACUGAAAGACAAGUACUUGGAGUAUGACAAGUUCCUCCUCAUUGCGGAUCCUCGCCGCUGCGAACCCAAAAAAUGGGGCCGUCACUCUGCCCGUACGCGCUUCACAAAGUCGUACCGUUAA